CCCAUGCCUGCCGAGUGUUAAAGCGCGUCUUUCAAAAUGAUUACAAAACUAGACAGUGUGCUUUUGCCCCGAAAAAAGUUCAUUUACCAUUACAAGAACGUGCGCUGGGCAAGGGGCCGCCACGAAACAUAUCUCUGCUUUGUAGUGAAGAGGCGAGUGGGGCCAGACUCCUUAUCCUUUGACUUUGGACACCUCCGCAAUCGCAAUGGCUGCCAUGUAGAGCUGCUGUUCCUGCGCAAACUGGGAGCCUUGUGUCCUGGUUUGUGGGGGUAUGGAGGUGCUGGAGAGAAAAGGCUCAGUUACUCCAUCACCUGGUUCUGCUCCUGGUCUCCCUGCGCCAACUGCGCCUCGAGACUGUCCCAGUUCCUCAGCCAGAUGCCCAACCUUCGCCUCCGGAUCUUCGUCUCUCGCCUUUACUUCUGCGACAUGGAGAACAGCCGUGAAAGAGAGGGCCUGAGAAUGCUGAAGAAAGCUGGCGUGCAGAUCACAGUCAUGAGUUACAAAGACUUCUUCUACUGCUGGCAGACCUUUGUGGCUCGUAAGCAGAGCAACUUCAAGGCCUGGGAAGAGCUGCACCAAAACUCUGUUCGCCUCGCCAGAAAACUCAACCGCAUCCUCCAGCCCUGUGAAACAGAAGAUUUGAGAGAUGCCUUCAAGCUUCUUGGACUAUGAAAAAUCCCCGCGACCUCCUCACGUGUUAUCAUUAAAUCUUUCAUUUAAGUCUGUUGAGAAAAAGAUGUUGAUGUUGGUCUUUCACUACAACUGCUAAACUGAGAAUGAGAAAAACUGAGAAAAAAAUGGCUUUCAGCUUGUUGCAAGGCUUUUAACGUUAGGUAGCUGCUGCUUGCUGUUUCUGUAGCAACAUGAUAAUGUGAAA